AUGGCACCGAGAAAGAAUGACCUUCGAGCUUGCCUCAUCUGCUCCAUCCUCCAAGAUAUCAGCGAGUUCAAUGACGAUGGUUGUCCGAAUUGUGAGGACGUUGUCGAGAUGAAAGGCAGUCUCGAGCGAGUCAUAGAAUGCACCAGUGUCAUGUGGGACGGGAUGAUCUGUGUGAUUGAGCCGCAAGAGAGCUGGGUAGCGAGAUGGCAGAGAAUAGGCAGCCGAGGGCUGUAUGCUGUACGAGUGACGGGAGUCCCACCACAAGACGUCAUAGAUGCUAUUAGCUCGAAGGGAGGGGUGUACAGGUCACGGGACGCGGUGGAAGACUGA